AUGGAGUGCGGGCAAUGCGGCGCCGGAUUGUCUGUCCCGCGGGGAGCGCGCUCCGUGCAGUGCGCGCACUGCCGCGGGGUGACGCGCGUCCAGCGGCACGGCGCCGUGGGCGUCGUCAUGAACGCGUUCGCCAACAUGGCUGUUCGUGGCGGGAGGCCGGUGACGCCGCCUAGGCUCCGGGAGGCGGGCUACCCUAGAGUGCCCGGCGACAAGCGCGCCCUACUCAUCGGCAUCAACUACACUGGAACGGAGAACGAGCUGAGCGGCCCCAUCAACGACGUCAAGGGCAUGAGCUUCCUGCUCACCCAGAAGUACGGCUUCCCCAAGGAGUGCAUCCUCACCAUGACCGAUGAAGAGCGAGACCCGUACAGGAGGCCAACCAAGUCCAACAUCCUACUGGCGAUGCGUUGGCUGGUGCACGGCUGUAGGUCUGGGGACUCCCUCGUAUUCCAUUUCUCCGGAAUGGCUGGUCAGAUGGAAGACGAAGACGGCGACGAGCAGGACGGCGAAGACCAGACCAUCUUCCCGCUCGACUGGGAGCUCAACGGCGAAAUCCGAGACGACGAGAUCAACGACGCCCUCGUCCGCCCUCUCGUGAAGGAUGUUACGCUCCACGCCGUUAUCGACGCCUGUCACAGCGGCACCAUGCUCGACCUCCCCAACAUCUACAAGCUCAAAAAGAACGGGCAGACUGAAUGGAAGCUUCACACCCCUCCGAACGGCGCUUGGAAGAAUACGAGCGGCGGCAUGGCGAUCCUCAUCAGCGGCUGCGGCGACAACCAGAUGUCGACGGACGGUAUCGGCGAUGAGCACCUGCCCAUGGGCGUGCUGACCUAUAGCUUCGUCACGGCGGCCUUCUUCGCGCAGCGGAAGCCCACCUACGCCCAGCUGCUCGCCACGAUCAAGGCCAUCAUGCUUGAGCGCAACGCCGACAGCCGGAUCAACUGCAAGCUCCCAGCGCCUAUGUGCUCGCUUGUCCGCAAGGUGGUCAACUUCAGCGGCGUGCAGGAGCCCCAGCUAUCUUCCUCCCAGAAGUUCGACAUCAACCGGGAGCACUUUGAGCUAUAAACCAGCUCCUUCGUCUGACAAUAAUAACAUCAGCUCAACACUGAAAACACUGCAAGGUCAACUAAAUACAGUAUAUGUGAUGCUACGUCUUGUCCCGUAUCAGCUUAGCCUUUCGGGCAAGGUGAUGCGAAAAUAAGACCAAUAUAUAAAGGUCUUCGUGCUGGUGUGGCACUGUGGCCUGGAUAGACUAAUAAGCAGUAUCCCCUCUUACUUAUCACACCCCAUUUCUCUAAGUACUACUUCAAUCCAAA